AUGUCAGCAACACGGACAAAUUAUCCAUCGACCUGCAGAGGUGCUUGUCCCGAUGAGCUCACCAUUGCCUUUUGCUCAAUAAGGGAUGAAUAUUGUGGAACCUCUAUCACGAGGUUCAGUUCAAAGGAGGUUUUGCAUGCAGUGGUGGAUUAUUUUAGUAAAUGGAUAGAGGCCGAAGCAAUGGCCAAGAUCACGGAAGAAAAGGUCAUCAAGCAAGCCUAUUUCGGCAAAGGAGGUGUUAUUUCUUUUAAAUGGGGAUGCAGUGGAACACAUGUUUAUCGAGGCAAUACGCCAGAAAUAGCAGAUAGCAAGAUGGUGAUGAAUUGGUCUAAGCCUCUUAUUUGUUCAGGACCAUGUCGGGCUGCAUGGGAUGAUUUGAUGAGGUUAGUCCCUAACAAGGUGUUGUCGAUGCGAUUUAAAACAUGCUCUACUCGGAAAGGCCACAACAGACAGGUCAGGAGGGCAGAUAUACAACCUAAUGAUCCAUGGGCUAGAGAUCAAGCAGUACUUUUCUUCGAUGGCACAUCCCUAGAUACAAUGUUAUAUGUGUAUAGGAACACACCAAGGGCGUCCACGGGGAACACUCUAUUUAGCUUGGUGUACGGGAUAGAAACAAUUAUUCCAGUAGAAAUUAGUCUUAGCUCUCAGUGA